AUGCGAAGCACAGUCGAUCAAUACCCUCUCGACAUCAUCUUAGGACCAUCAGGGUGCCUUUUGACUGAUCUUGAGUACGCCGGCGAUGUUGUUAUCGCGGAAAGCAAUAGGAAACUUCAACAUAUUGUCAACCUUGUAUCGAAGCUGGCGGCAGCCUAUAGACUAUGCCUACACCCAGUUGAAAUGCUUGUGGUCGACUCCCACUACCAAAGAAGCCAAACUGCGAGUCUACCUAUCCGCAAUUUGCCCCGUCAUGAUGUACAGAUCGGAAGCUUGGGCAGCACCGUCUAUGGUGAUGGUGAGGCUUGA